UUUCAAUGCAUCGUUGUUUUUCUCUCUCCUCUGAAGCUCCCUCCCAUUGUCACCCAGCACAUCAUACAAACUUUCGUAUCAUCCGUUUCUCAACGACACAAAUUCUUGCAUUGCGCUUUUGCAAUUUAAUAACAACAACAACCAAAAAAAAAACAUUAAACCCUCAACCUUAAGAUUCAAUUCAACCCUUGUUUUUGUUACUUACACCUUUGCAUGAAUUGGUUCUUUCUCUUCACGUAACGUUCGUGGUGGCGUUACGUUUGUAUUAUCAUCAAAAAAUAAAAAUAAUCAUCAUUUGUUCUUAAUCUCUCAUUAUUCAAUCAUAAUUGUAACGACAUUGUUGCAUAGAGAAUUUUGUGUUUCUGAGAUCCCCGUGGAAUUUUCAACCUUCGUGGGAUUUUGGAAAAAUUUAGUGAUUUGGAAGGUAAAGGGUUUUUCAGAAUUGGAAGGAACAUAGAAGUUCAAUGAAAUAUGAACAGGGAAUUAUUGGGUUGUGUUGGUGAAUAUAGAAACAAUGGAAUUGACAAGAAUCGGUUGUGCGGUUACUUAUGUCAUUCUUCUUUGUGCUUUGGCUCAUGGGGGCUCAGAAGGGAAAGAAGAUGACCUAUAUAGGAAUGGUCCUAUUUCCUCACCUUUCCUCAACCUUCAUGGAAAACAGGCGGAGAAUGUGAGAAAACAUUGCAGGAAAGAAUUGACAGAGAAGAACAAUGAUGUUAAAGACAUCAACUUGCAUCCAUUGGAAGGAAGCAGUGACAUGAGAUCUAUUCUUCCAACAGAAAACAACAUUCACAAAACAACCAAAUCAUUACCUCCCCAUAAGGAAAAAAAAGCAUUGGACUGCAUAAAAACAAGUGCUACUCCUCCAGCACCUAUUUCCGAAGAGAAAUUGUCUUCAAGAUUCUUGCUAACAAAACAUUCUAGAUCAACCUUGGCUUUAAAAAACGAUCAUCAUCGUUAUAAUCGUUAUCAUCGUCAUCAUCGCCAUCAUCGAACACAUUCAAUCGCAGAAACACCACUUGAUCAUAUAUCUCCAUUGUCACCAUUGUCACCGUUGUCACCAUUGUCACCAUUGUCACCGUUGUCACCAUUGUCACCAUUGCCACCAAUGUCUAGUGCUAAUAGUCCAUCCCCCGAGCAUUCACUGGCAGCGCCAAUUCAUCUUUCAACACCAACAAUUUCUUCAACACCAUCUCCUACUCCUGUUCCUGUUCCUAGUACAUCAUCACCUACUCCUGUUCCUGUUCCUAGUACACCAUCACCUACUCCUGUUCCUGUUCCUAGUAUACCAUCGCCUACUCCUGUUCCUAGUAUUUUUGAACAGUUACCACCGUCUCCGCAACAAUCUGCUCCUCCGUCUCAUAUAACAAGUGUUCCGAUAACUUCGCCGCGUUUACUUAACAAUACUGAGAAAAAGAAGAAAGCAAUUAUUUUAGCUGCAUCUGUAUCAGGAAUCAUAGUCUUGAUAGGAUUGUCGCUUUGCUAUCGUGAGGCCAAGACCGGUAAAGUGGAGAGAGGAGAUGACAACCAUUUGCUCAUAUUAACCUCAAAUGAUUAUUCUGGAGGUCCUCAAAAGAUUGUCCGAUUAGGAGAUGCUAAUACAGAAGAAUCUGGAUCCGGUGUUGUUAUUAAAAAAGGAAAGAACUCGUCUAAUGGAAGAAAUCGGUCCAUGAAGGCUGGAGAUAAUAACAAUAUCACACUGGCAGAAGCGUCAACAUCAGCAGAUGUGGGACAAGUAACAUCAACUUCUUCUGGAAUACCAGCCCCUCCGCCUCCUGGCCCACCGCCACCUCCUCCUCCACGGCCACCUGCUCUUGCAUUUCGUCCUCCACCGCCUCCAAAAUCCAGCCAUCCACCACCUGCUCCUCCUCCCAAACCAAUGGCUGGUAAAAACAAUGGUGUACCUCUUGGACCGCUAAAACAAGAAAGUUCUAGUGAAGGUGGUGCUUCAAAACCUAAACUAAAGCCGUUCUUUUGGGACAAGGUUAAUGCAAAACCUGAUCAAUCAAUGGUGUGGCAUGAGAUCAAUGCAGGGUCAUUUGUGUUCAAUGAAGAAAUGAUGGAGUCUUUGUUUGGUUGCGCCAACCAGAAUAAAAAUGAACGUAGAAAAGAUUCACCUUCUCUAGAUACUUCAGUGCAUUAUAUUCAGAUUAUUGACCCUAAGAAAGCACAGAAUUUAUCAAUUCUAUUACGUGCUCUGAAUGUGACAACAGUAGAAGUCAUUGAUGCACUAAACGAAGGUAACGAGAUUCCUGUGGAGCUUAUCCAAACAUUGUUGAAAAUGGCACCAACACAAGAAGAGGAACUGAAACUUAGGUUAUUCUCUGGAGAACUUUCUCAACUAGGUCCAGCUGAGAGGUUUCUCAAAGUACUGGUUGACAUUCCAUUCGCUUUCAAACGUCUCGAAUCUCUCAUGUUCAUGUUAAUUCUUCGAGAAGAGUUCUCAAGCAUCAAGGAAUCCUUUGAAACAUUAGAGGUUGCUUGCGACAAGCUGAGAAAAAGCAGGUUAUUCUUAAAACUACUAGAAGCAGUACUCAAAACUGGAAACCGAAUGAAUGACGGUACAUAUCGCGGUGGUGCUCAAGCAUUUAGGCUUGACACACUUUUAAAACUCUCAGACGUAAAAGGAACAGACGGAAAAACAACACUAUUACACUUUGUGGUUCAAGAAAUUAUACGUUCGGAAGGAAUAAGAGCAGUAAGAACCGAAAGAGCAAGCAGAAGCCUUUCAAGCGUAGGAACAGUGGAUGCAGAUUACGAAAAUGAAGAAUCAGAAGAACACUAUCGUAGCCUUGGACUUCAAGUAGUUUCAAGCUUAAACAAAGAACUUGAAGAUGUUAAAAAAGCAGCACUAAUAGACGGUGAUGCAUUGAGUAAAGCGGUUUCGAAAAUGGGCCAUUCGUUGGUUAAGAGCCGGGACUUUUUGAACAAUGAUCUUAAGAAUUUGGAAGAAGAGAGUGAGUUUCAAAUCUGUUUAGAGAAGUUUAUGGAACAUGCGAAAGGAGAGGUGACGUUGCUUGUUGAAGAAGAAAAGAGGAUAAUGGGAUUGGUUAAGAGUACAGCAGAUUAUUUCCAUGGGAAUGCAGGGAAAGAUGAAGGGCUGCGUUUGUUUUUGAUUGUGCGCGAUUUUUUGAUAAUAUUGGAUAAGGUUUGCAAGGAAGUGAAAGAAGCUACAUUGAAGGCUAUGAAGGCUUCUAGUAAGAAAGAGACUCCGUCACCGUCGGUGUCAGUUCCGUCUUCUCCAGAUACACGCCAACAGUCGCCACAGCCGCAGCAGCAGUCUUCUGAUCUACAUAGGCGAUUGUUUCCUGCUAUUGCGGGGCGGAGAGUGGAUUAUUCUAGCUCAGAUGAUGACGAUGAUUAGAAGGACGAGUUUAAGGAAUGAUGAUGAUUAUGAUGAGUUUUAUGUGACUGCUAAGCAAAGUUAAUGAAUAUAGAAGCUUAGCAUGAUAAUGAAUGUACUGUGUGAUAUAAAUUGCCUCUGAUUUCUGAAUUUAAGGAAGUGUACUAAUGUGUAUAUUUUACAAUGGUCUGUCA